AUGUAUGGCGAUUUGCAGGUCCGUUUGGAAAGUAUCGGAGCCGAGGACAUAGUGGACGGGAAUCCAAGAUUGAUACUUGGCCUGAUCUGGACUAUUAUCUUGAGAUUCCAAAUCCAAGAGAUCGAGAUAGACGUGGACGAGGAGAACGACAGCAGCGAGAAGAAGUCAGCCAAAGAUGCACUGCUACUCUGGUGUCAGAGGAAAACUAACGGGUAUCCUGGCGUUAACAUCCAGGAUUUUACCGUAUCGUGGAGAAGUGGUCUUGGUUUCAAUGCCCUUAUCCACGCUCACAGACCAGACCUGGUUAAUUGGUCAGAACUGCAGCAAAAUAAAAAUAUCGACAAUCUUAAUUAUGCCUUCGACGUGGCCAACUCGGAACUUGGUAUUCCGCGAUUGUUGGACGCGGAGGACGUUGAUACCGCCCGGCCUGACGAGAAAUCCAUCAUCACGUAUGUCGCUUCUUAUUACCAUACCUUUGCCAGGAUGAAGAACGAGAUCAAGAGCGGUAAAAGAAUCGCAAAUAUCGUGGGACAAAUGAUGGACGCUGACAAGAUGAAGAUUCACUACGAAAAGCUCACAACAGACUUGUUGGAAUGGAUCAAGAUGAAGAUAGGAGUACUAGAAAACAGGAACUUCCCCAACUCUUUAGAAGGUAUUCAGAGGGAAUUGUUAGCUUUCAAGCAAUAUAGAACUGUAGAGAAACCACCGAAGUACAAAGAACGGUCAGAAAUAGAGGCUCUGUACUUUCACAUAAACACCCAAUUGAAAUCCUUGAAUCAGCCUGCCUUUACGCCUCAAGAGGGUCAAUUGAUACACGACAUCGAAAGAAAUUGGGUAGAACUGGAACGGGCUGAGCAUCGUCGAGAAGUUGCUCUUAGAACCGAGCUUCUCAGGCAAGAAAGAUUAGAACAGUUGAACUAUAAAUUCGAAAGAAAGAGUGUUCUGAGGGAAGGUUACUUAAAAGAAAUGAUCCAAGUGUUAACGGAUCCUAGAUACGGUAGCAAUUUGGCCCAGGUAGACGCCACAGUGAAGAAACACGAAGCCAUUAGUGCAGAUAUUUUAGCUCGCGAGGAACGCUUCCACGAUUUGACUAACAUGUCGGAGGAAUUAGUAAGAGAAAAUUACCACGGGUUAGAGCGGGUGCAAAUAAGAGAACAGGAAGUUCUCCAGAGGUGGAAGGAGCUCUUAGCUCUGCUAGAUCAUCAUAAGUCUAAUUUAGUUGCCUUGAGUUCUCUCAUGAGCCUCAUGCGAGAGAUCGACACAACUUUGGCCUCCAUACAAGAACUGCAGCUGAAUUUCCAAAGUACAGACGUUGGGCCACAUCUAUUGGGAGUCGAAGACCUGUUGCAGAAGCACAGCUUGCAAGAAUUGCAAGUAACUGCUCUUGGAGAGACACAGAGGAGGCUGGGUAGACAAGCGGCUCAGCACUUGGCUCAACCUCAGAGCAAGGAGGUGCCUCUGUUGCAGCAAAAGCUGGAGAUGUUGAACCGAGCCUACGACGAUCUAGUGGAAUAUAGCAAGGAGCGUAAGGCUCGUUUAGAAGACGCCAGGAAUUUCUUCCAUUUCCUUCAAGAUCACGAGGACGAGGAAUCCUGGCUGAUUGAGAAACAACGCAUUUGCAAAGCUGGGAUAUCAGCCAAGGACUUGCGUGCUGUAAUUUCGUUGCAACAGAAGCACAAAGCACUUCAGGAUGAGAUGAAAGUACGGAGGCCCAAGUCUGAACAGUUGUGUGACGCCGGAAGAAAGCUGAUAGCUGACAAUCAUUCUUCGUCUUUGGAAAUUCAAAAUCGCAUUGACUCGUUGCAAGAACACUGGAAGGUCUUGGAAGAGUUGGCUGCCCUCAGAAAGAAACAGUUGGACGACGCAGCAGAAGCCUUUCAAUUUUACGCGGACGCGAACGAGGCAGAUUCUUGGAUGAACGAGAAGAUGACCCUCGUCGCCUCUGAAGACUACGGCGUUGACGAGCCCAGCGCUCAGGCACUUUUACAGAGACACAAAGACUUGGAAGGAGAGUUGAACGCCUACAAAGGUGACGUGCAAUCGCUGAACAUGCAGGCUGAGAAGCUUAUUAAGUCUGGAAUUUCCACUCUUGAGUUAUCCGCUGAUCCAGAACCCGUUGCGGAAUUGGAACAAGAAGAAUGGAGCAAAGAGAUUAGAUUAGUUCCUCAAGACGAGUGGGUGGACGAAGUGGUAGAGAGAUUAGAACCAAGAACGGUUCUUGAAGACAGAUUGGUACCCCAAGUGAAGAGCUUGUAUCCAUUCAGCGGUCAGGGUAUGCAAAUGGUAAAGGGUGAGGUGAUGUUUUUAUUAAACAAGACGAAUCCUGACUGGUGGAGCGUCCGGAAAGCAGAUGGCACCGAUGGAUUCGUACCAGCGAACUACGUUCGUGAAUUAGAGCCCAAGGUGAUACAGGUUCAGGUUAGAAGACCAGAAAAAGUUAGGGUUACGCAGAGAGUGAAGAAAACGAAGAUGGUUAAACAGUUGGUCCCGGUCAGAAGAGUGAAGUCCAUAAAAUCAACGGUAAAACCAGUUAAAAGGAAGGCUGUAUCCGAUGGAGAUAGCGUGGAAAAACGGCUGAAGAAGAUUAAUGACACUUACAGCGAGCUCCAGGAAUUGGCGUUGAAACGGCAUGCCUUACUAGAGGAUGCUAUAAGACUUUACGGCUUCUAUCGCGAAUGCGAUGAUUUUGAAAAGUGGAUCAAGGAUAAAGAAAAGAUGCUGAGAGCUGAUGACACGCGAGAUAAUGUAGAAACUGCCAGAAGAAAGUACGAGAAAUUCCUGACAGAUCUGUCGGCCUCUGGAAAACGAGUAGAGGCCAUAGAUGCUGCGGUCGAUGAGUUUGUCAGACAAGGACACAGCCAGUUGGAUAAAGUCAAGGCCAGACAGAGGCACAUCCAUCAGCUUUGGGACCACUUAAACAGGUUGAAGGCUCAGAAGGAGAAGAGUCUGGAAGGAGCUUCCAGCGUGGAAUUGUUUAACAGAACUUGCGACGAGGCUCACGACUGGAUGUUAGAAAAAAUUACUCAGUUGGACACUGCAGAACUCGGACCAGACCUGAAAACAGUCCAGGCUCUGCAAAGAAGACACCAACACCUGGAGAGGGAGCUGGCGCCGGUUGAAGAGAAAGUACGAAAGGUCAACUUACUGGCGAACAGCGUGAAGAGUUCUUAUCCACACGAAUUGAACAACGUGAACACCAGACAAAACGAAAUCAAAGAACUCUGGAACAAAGUCCAAACGAAGGCUAAGGAACGUAGAUCCAGAUUGGAAGAUGCAGUGGGUCAACAGAUCUUCAUGAACAGUUCGAAGAAUUUGAUCAACUGGGCUGCGGAUGUGCAAGAGACGAUGAAGGUCGAGGAACCUGUUAGAGAUGUUGCCACGGCUGAACAACUCAGAAAGCAACACAUGGAACUUGGGGAAGAUAUACGAACACGUGAAGACGAAUUUCGAGAAGUCGAAGAACUUGGGAAUCAAUUGUUACGUCGUAAUCCAACCUUGGUAGAUGUCAGUGAACGCUUGGACAAAUUGCACGGCCUGUACCAGGCUGUGACGUCAGAUUGGAUGGCGAAAGAAGCCUGGCUGCAACAAUGUUUAGAGCUACAGCAGUUUAAUCGCGAAGCUGAUCAAAUUGAAGCUACUACCAGCUCUCACGAGGCGUUUCUAGAAUUUACCGAUCUAGGUGAAUCCUUAGAUGAUGUUGAAGCUUUGUUGAAACAGCACGAAAAGUUUGAGAACACUCUCCACGCGCAGGAUGACAGAUUGAAAGCUUUCAGCGACACUGCGGACAAGCUGAUCGCUCAAAAUCACUAUGAGAAAGACUACAUCAAUGACAGAAGGAAUCAGGUCUUGGCUCGCAGAAACCAAGUGAAAGAUGCUGCCCAGCGUCGUCGUGCAGCCUUGAAAGCUUCAGAACAUUAUCAGCAAUUUUCUGCGGAAGUGGAUGACCUGCGAGACUGGCUAGGCGACAAAAUGAAGACAGCGUCCGAUGAAAGUUAUCGAGAUUUAAACAAUCUUGAACGAAAAUUACAGAAGCACGAAGCAUUUGAAAGAGAAUUGAGAGCUAACGAGGGACAAUUAAGAGCGGUGAAUAAAGCUGGAAAAGCUUUGAUAUCCGAGGAGAACUACAGGUCGGAAGAUGUUGGGAAAACCUUGAAAGAGUUGAAUGACCAAUGGGAUCAACUGGUGGCUUUGUCUUUGGAAAAGGGUCGCAGAUUAAGACAAGCUGCUUCUCAACACGGUUACAAUAGAACAAUGGAGGAUGCCAGAUUGAAACUAGAGGAAAUAGAGAAUUGCUUGCAAAGUAAACAAGUGGGAACGGAUCUUAGAAGCUGCAAGGAGUUAUUAAAGAAACAUCAAACGCUUGAGAGUGACAUGUGUCAAUGGGAACAGAAAGUAGAUGAUCUAGUUGCCAUGGGUGAAGAAAUGGCUCAUGAAGGACACUUCGAUGCUGUGAAUAUAUUGAAAACCAGUCAAGCCACGCAAAGAAAGUACGCAAUGUUUUGUAAACGGUUCCGUAGCUUGAAAGAACCGGCUAAGAAAAGACGAGAAGCGCUGGAAGAGAGUUUACGAUUCCACAAGUUUGGUUUUGAAUUAGAUGCUGAGUUACAAUGGAUAAAAGAUCAUCUUCCUCAAGCAUCGUCGACAACACUCGGACAAAAUCUGCAUCAAGCCCAAACAUUGCACAAGAAACACAAGAAGCUGGAAGCAGAAAUCGCUGGUCAUCAGCCAAUGAUAGACAAAACCGCAGCUUCUGGACAAGCUUUGAUUGAUCAAGCACAUCCAGAGAAGAAGAAGGUAAUAAUAUUUGCAAUAAAAUUACUUGGAACUAGAUUUUUAGGGAGAAAUAAAUCUGUAUAUUUUCUCUGCUAUUGUUCUUUGAGAAAUACCUGGUCUGAUCUGAAAUAAAAUAAAAGUUUAUAAUUUUUGCACAGUUGGGACUGUUACAAGAAUAUUGGGUCUGCAGAGGUAAGGUCGGCACAGAUGCAUGA